CUUCAAAUGUUCCCUCAGUUGGCGAAUACCUUUGAUACGAAAAGAAUCGAUUUUUUUGAGUAAUUUUUUUAUUUAGUGGUCAUAAUCUGAUUCUGAUAUUCAAUAUGAAUAAUUUAAAAUUAGUAGUUUUUGUGAUAUUUUCAUUGGCUUCUGCCAAUGGUCAACUGUUGUGCUACACCUGUGAUGACUGUGAAUCAGACAGUGUGGCCUCUGUGGAACCAUGUGGCUUCGCGGCAUCGGUCUCAACCACACACUGGCCAGGCCAACCCGGUCAAUGGAAUCCGUGGGAUCCGGCGCUGACUCCCCCGUACCAUCCUAGCACCAUUUACCCACCGGGAAGUGGCAUCACGAGUCAGAACUACUGCUAUAUGACCCAGUGGAACUCGCCCUGCUACCAGUACCUUCCUUGUGACCCGAAUUACCCCGUAGUGCCAUGCUAUCCUCACUACCCGAUGCCCCAGUGUGACUCUUUCAACCCUACGUACCCGUGCUUUGUGUCUACUGGAUCUGUUGGGGAAGGAGGAGGCGGAAGUUGGGAUCUGGCUACGCCACCUGUAACGUCCUUACCUUGGUGGCCAGCAGCCAAACAAGCGAAAGUGACUUCACCGGCGGAAGUACCCUCAACUCAACAGUACGGUUGUCUAUCGUCGAGAUCCAUAGUCAAUGAUCGUGAUGUGGUUCGUAGGGGAUGUGCCAGAUUAGAGUCCAGUAAAGAUGAAACAUGCAACAAGGCCACCGGAGGAAAGCAUCAAAAGUGUGCUGUCUGUACGACUCAGCUAUGUAAUUCGGAAACGUUCUAGAAAAACUCUUUGAAAAAAAAAAUGAAACGCAGACAAAUAUACCGAGAAAAUUCAAUAUUAAAAUCAAACAUUAUUUUAAACUUCAAAAAUCUUCACAAUAUGGAACAAAGAUAAAGAAAGAGAAAAGGAGACGCAUGGUAGUUAUCUUCAGAGCUUCAGUCUCAAGCUUCAUGCUAUUCAAGUGCUAUAUCCCACAAUAAACGGAAAUAUGUCUUCUGAAUAGUAAAAAAGUAACAAGUAAAGAUUUAAGAGAAUAUAAACUUUC